AAAUCAGUUUCAAGUGCCAACGCAUUGCGAACGAAAUAGCAAUCAAAAAUGAAAUUUACCACGAUUAUUUUAUUCGCACUUGCGGCAUUCGUCUUGCCAACAUUCGCCACCAAUGACUACCUUUGGGGCACCAUUGGGGACAAUGACUACAAGCUGGCCAAGGAUACCGUUUCGAAGGCAUUCUUCGUUGGCCUUGUACAGACCAAGAAAUACGUUUUCAAGCAGUCGGACAAUCUGAAUGCUCUAACUAUUACGGCCAUUAAGAUCACCGACAAGAAGAAGAGCCAUGGCGCAACGGCUGUCCUUUCAAGCGGAGGUCCUGGCUCCAAGGGAGCCACUAUUAAGUUCACUUCUGAAAGAGGCUAUGGCAUCAAGGAUGUCGUCGAAAUCUGGGGCCGUUGAAAAUACAUUUCCCAAACUGUGACUUUCUACAAACAAUAAUGAGAUCCGAUAAAAAGCAAAA